GCUUCAGGGAAGAGAGAACAGGAAGUUCAAGAUCCUGGCUGGCACCGAGCUUUGGAGGAGCAGGGGACAGCGAGGCGGCCGUGUGACAAGGACUCAGAAGGAGGGGAUGAGGCGGGAGGGCUUGGUGGUGGCCAACUCACGCAGGGUCUCGGACGACCCUUUCCCGAGGCUUCGGUCUCCGGCUCUGGGAGGCAGAGAGCAGGCGGUACCCCGCAUGAUGCAGUCUCACGGCUUCCCUCCCAUUCCAGACUAUGAGCCCUGGGAGCAGCACCUGCCGCUUGGCGUCAGCAUCUCCUGCGUUGUCAUCCUGACCAUCUGCCUGUCCUGCUACAUCAGCAUCAUCAAGAUUAAGAAAGGAUGGUGGGACCAGAUUCCCAACCCAGCCCACAGCCCCCUAGUGGCCAUAGUCAUCCAGGACUCCCAGGUGUCACUGUGGGGGAAGCGGUCCCGAGGCCAGGAACCAGCUAAGUGCCCACACUGGAAGACCUGUCUUACCAAGCUCCUGCCCUGUUUACUGGAGCACGGCAUGGACAGGGAUGAGGAGUCCUCCAAGACUGCCAGAAACGCGCCUUUCCAGGCUCCUGGAAAAUCAGCAUGGUGCCCUGUGGAGGUCAGCAAGAUGAUCCUCUGGCCAGAGAGCAUCAGCGUGGUGCAGCGUGUCGAGCUCUUUGAGGCCCGGGUGGAGAAUGAGGAGGAGGAGGAGAUGGAGGAAGAUAAAAGAAGCUUCUGCCCAUCGCCCGAGGGCAGCGGGGGCAGCUUCCAGGAGGGCAGGGAGGACAUCGCAGCCCGGCUGACAGAAAGCCUCUUCCUGGACCUUCUCGGGGGGGAGCCUGGGGGCUUUUGCCCACAGGGUUUGGAGGAGUCCUGCCUUCCUCCUCCUCUAGGAAGUGAGUGUGCUCAGAUGCCCUGGGCUGAGUUCCCGGGUGCCGGGCCCCAGCCUCUGCACCCCGAGUCCACUCCUUGGGCCUCUCCGACCCCGAGGCUGGCCAGCCCGGCUUUCAUGGAGAUGCCCCCUGUCGUCACAGACAACCCCGCGUACCGCAGCUUCGGCAGCCUCCUGGGCCAGUCCGCAGCCCCCGGGGAGGGUGACUGCGACACAGAGCCGGCCGAACGCCCCAGGGAAGCGGACCCCGGCAUCCCCUCCGCCCCCCGGCCUGAGCCAGAAAGCUGGGAACAGAUUCUGCGCCAGAGUGUCCUCCAGCAUCGGGAGGCCCCGGCCCCCGGCCCGGGCCCCGGCAGCGGCUACCGGGAGUUCGCGUGCGCCGUGCAGCAGGCCUGCGCCCCCGACGCCGGGGUGGCGGGCUCCGGCCCUUCCGGGGAAGCGGGGUACAAGGCCUUCUCCAGCCUGCUCCCGGGGACAUCUGGGGAUGAGGCCAGCUGUGGGGAGGGGGGCUACAAACCCUUCCAGAGCCUCCCUCCUGGCGGCCCUGGGGCCCCCGCCCCCGUCCCCCUGUUCACCUUCGGACUGGACACGGAGCCAGCGCGCAGCCCUCGGGCCUCGCUCCUCGCAGGCAGCGCCCCAGGGCACCUGGGUGUGGAGCCGGUGGGGAAGGAAGGGGACAGCCACAAGGCCCUGCUGGCCCCGGAGCAGGCCACAGACGCCCUCAGGGACGACUUGGCCGGCAGCAUCGUCUACUCAGCCCUCACCUGCCACCUGUGUGGCCACCUGAAGCAGUGGCACGGCCAGGAGGAACGUGGCAAGGCCCACAUGGUGCCCAGCCCCUGCUGUGGCUGCUGCAGAGACAGGUCCUCGCCCCUGGUGAGCCCCCUGCGGGCCCCAGACACCCUGCCAGGGGGCGCUCCCCUGGAGGCCAGCCUCUCUCCAGCUUCCCUGGCCCCCUUGGGCGUCUCAGAGGAGGGCAAGCCCUCCCUGUCCUUCCAGCCUGCCCCCAGCAAUGCGCAGAGCUCAAGCCAGACCCCCGUAGAGGUGGCCGUGCUCUCCACAGAGCCCAUGUGCAUCAGCGCUUCUUAGGUGUGUCCUCCCCUCGCCGCCGUCACAGGGGAGGGCCUUAGCCAGGCCUGCAACAGGCCUCCCCUGCCUCCCCCGGAAGGUGGCUGGGCUGGAAGAUUUGCAAAAGACUUGGAAAACCCCGGUAUGAAGUGGUGAGGUGGUCUGACGCGGGGGUACAGAGACCGGACCCCCCGCCCCCCAUCUCCCAGCCUUGGCCUGGGCUCAGCACAUCCCAUGGGAGUGUAUGGCAUGGGGUCGAGGCAGAUUCAGAGAUCGGGAGUUCCUUGGGCCCCUUGGCUUGUGCACCAGCCAUUGGCCACUUCAUCGGUCCCCAGCUUGUCCAGGGUGCUGUCCCUGCCAUGCCCCGCCCCCCCCCCCCCAGGCCUGCUUUUUCCACCAUGUCUUGCCCAGCCCUGGGAUUAGCUGCUGCUCCCUGUGGAUUGGACGCCAAGCCCGGCAACUAACCAAGCCAACAGGGGAAGGAUUUGGGAAGCCUUGGGAAAUGGAUGGGACAUUGAAGUUCGGGAAGGGUGCUCAUUUGGCCAGAGAUGCCCGUUCAUUCAACAGACCUCCCUUGGGUUGACACUGGAGUUGGGAUCUGGGCUGGAGUGGGGAGGGCGUGCUUCGUCAAAUGCAGGCAACAGACACCAAAGGACACGGAAGAUUGCGAUCGCCAAGCCAUGACGAGUUGCCAUCAGGUUCCCACACGACCGUAAGACUGGGGACUCCUGUGAAGCACGGGAUCCCCAGAGUAAACACCUCGGGGCUGCUCUGUGCCCCCGUGGUUGCUUGCUGGCAGCCACGGAGACUCCAGACAAAGGGAGUGGCUCCGGUCCGGUGAUCCAGACGUGCUGGGCGUUCCAGAAGGACCACACCAGGUGCACUAGGCAUGUACAUUGACCUACCCCUCAGGUUGAGUAAUGCUUGUUUGCAUCUCAAAGAUUGUUUUAUCACCUGGUAUUUGUCUAGGCUGGGGAGGGUGGAGCAGGAGGGCGUGGAGUUUUGUAUAAAUAAAGGCUCUUUAUCUCCUUCCCCGCCCCCCCCCCACUUAUUAAAUAAACAACUGCUA